CUGCAGCAUACUUGCGCCACCACCCCCAGUGCUGCCUGGUGACGUCAGGGCUGAGCGAGGGGGCGCCGCCUGCUGAGUGCCCGCCCCUCCGGGCCGUGCGGCCGGGACUUGCCCUUUAAAAGAGCGGGGGGCCUGCGCCAACCGCGCCACACCGUGGGCACUAAGACACACGGCCGCUUCCCCGGAGCAUCUUCAUCUCGCCUGCUGUCCUCAUCUCGCUCCACUGGUUCUGCCACUAUCCUCUUCUGCGCGCAGAUUCAGGCGAGCCGGGCCAUGCAUCCGGCAGUGCUUCUCGGCCUCCUCGGAGCCACGAUGGUGGCGGCUGUCAGUUCUAUGCCAUUGGAUAUCAGGAAUUACAAUGACAGAAUGGUGAUUCGCUGCAUCUUCGCGGCCAUCACAACUGCCCUGUCGAAGUUCAGUUUUCCACCUGUCGCCACUGACUGCUACCACCCCCUGAGCAAGAGUAGAAAGGAGGUUAAAUAUGAAGAGAAAAAUGAAAAUGAAAACACAAGGUUUGAAGUAAGAUUGUUAAGAGACCCAGCUGAUACCUCAGAAGCCCACAGGCCUUCCAGUAGGGAAGACGCAGGAGUCGCAGGGGAGGCGGACACCCAAGACCCAUCAGUGGCCAACAAACAGGGAGGUGGGCACAGCCAGGAGGGAGCAGGUGAGCCCCAAGGGACCCUCUAUGCCUCUGACAGUCAAGAAGCAAAGACACACCAUUCUGAGAAGAGCGAGGAAGAGGACAGAGAAGACGAGGAAGGAGAGAAAUAUCAGAAAAGGGAGCAUGGGGAAGGUGGCAGUGAAGAGCAACACCUGGAAGAGCCAGGAGAGACACAAAACACGUUUCUCAACAAAAUAAACCAGGCUAUGGCUAAGAAAAAAGAGGAGAUAGUGUCCAGAUACAAUACACCCUCUGCCAGGCUGCCUGAGGAGAAGACACACAGCCGGGAGAGGAGUAGCCAGGAGAGUGGAGAAGAGACAAGGAAUCAGGAGAAACACCCCCAAGAGUCUAAAAGCCAACUCAGGAGCCUGGAAGAACCUGAGGAAAGUGAGGAAGAUGCCAGCCUUGAGGUGGACAAACGACUCUUGAGACCAAGACAUCACCACAGGCCGAGUAGGCCCGAUAGGUCCUAUCAAGAAAGGAAUCCUCCCUCUGAGGAAAGGGGACACCCCAGUGAGGAAUCUGAGUCAGACUUGGACAUAACCAGCUUAGGGGACAGGAGGGACCAUCAUCCAACCCACUACAGGGCUUCAGAGGAAGAAUCCGAAUAUGGAGAAGUGAGGAGUUACCCAGGGGUCUGGGCCCCCAAGAACCUGGAGGGGAGACAAUAUGGGGGCAGAGGAAGUGAGGAAUACAGGGCUCCAAGGCCUCCUACUGAUGACAGCCUAGUGAAGAAGGACAAGAGAUAUCGCCCCAACUCAGAGCUUGACAAUAUGCCACAUCGAUAUAGUGAAGAAAGUGAGGAAGAGAAGGGCCCUGAGUGGGGACCAGAGCCAGAGCUUGGUGCCUAUUCCACUCCAGACAAAGAAGAGAAACGAUUCUUGGAUGAAGGACUCUACCGUGUUCAAGAAAACCAGAUGGACAAGGGAAGGAGGCAUCCACAAGGCGAGUGGAAAGAGCAGGGCAGAAAUGACCUCAACUAUGGUGAGGAAAUGGGUGAGGAAGGAGCCCAAGGGAAGUGGCAGCAGCAGGAGGUCCUGCAAGACACUAAAGGGAACAGGGAGGAAGGUAGGCUUCAAGGCAAGCAAUAUGCUCCCUAUCACACCACUGAAAAGAGGAAGAGAUUAGGGGAGCUGCUCAACCCAUACUAUGACCCUUCCCAGUGGAAGGGCAGCCAUUUGGAGAGGAAAGACAACAUGGAUAACAACUUUCUUGAGGGUGAAGUGGAAAAUGGCUUGACCUUGAAUGAGAAGAAUUUCUUCCCAGAAUACAACUAUGACUGGUGGGAGAAAAAGCCCUUUGAGAAGGAUGUGAAUUGGGGAUAUGAGAAGAGAAACUUCGCCCCCAAACUGGAUCUGAAAAGGCAGUAUGACAGAGUGGCCGAACUGGACCAGCUCCUUCACUACCGGAAGAAGGCCGCCGAAUUUCCAGAUUUCUAUGACGCUGAGGAGCAGAUGAGCCCACACCACGUGGCCGAAAAUGAAAAGGACAGGGCUGGCCGAGGAGUUCUGACAGAGGAGGAGGAAAAAGAACUUGAAAACCUGGCUGCAAUGGAUUUGGAACUACAGAAAAUAGCUGAGAAGUUCAGUGGUAACCAAAGGGGCUGAUGGUCGUUGGCGCCAAGGGCCAUUUUAAGAAGCAGCCCUCACGUUGUCCAUUUUCCAACACUUCACUGAAAAGCAUCAUUUAUUUACCGAAAGGCAGAAAGUAGAAUUUAGUGCUUAACACAAUUGGAAAUGUCUUUCAUUUUUGCCAGAAUGCUAUUGAAAAUAAGAAUAGCAUGACUUGUAGCAUAUUCUUUCUCGCAAAAUCGACCCAUUACCAUGCUUGUGACGAUGACUGCUACCAUCCUUGAAAAAAAUAUGUCUGUUUCCAUUUAAAUAAUAAAAGAUUUACCUGAAGCCAACAGCUUCAUGUCCUCAGCUUCCUUUGGGCUAAGAGAGAGGAGAGUGAUUUUCAAAUCUGUUCUUUAAAUUCUAAAAGACUGCACUAGGAUUUACUCAUCUUUGGAUGCAGAAUAGAAAAAAAAAAAAGCCAACCUUUGAAGGAUAUAAAAAGAAAGAGCUCAGGAAAAGACAUCUUUUCCUCUAGCCUGGAGAAAGAUUAAAUAGGCUUAAAGAAUCUGUUUCAAAAAAUGAGCCUAAGAUAUUACUUUUGAAAUACUGUUAUCUGGAGAGUAGCUGGCCAAGGGUCACUUUUCAGGGCCGAGGAGAAAGCCUGGAUAAUGGGAAGAACGCUGGACUUGGAAUCACAACAUCUGGGCUGGUCCAGACAGAUGCCUGGACCCUCAGGGCCUGCCUGACCUUUACUGUGUAAGGAGACAAGGCUGUGACUCUGGGACCAAGUAGCUGUGUGACUUUGCACAAGCUUCUUUCCCUCUCUGGAGCUCAGGUUCAUCAGUAAAAUAAGGCUGUCUGUCUCACUGGGUUGUUAUGAGGAUGAUAGGAGUUUAUGCAAAAGACUCGGAGGACGGGCUUGGCAGGUGGCAAUGGUGCAAGAAAUGCUGGCUGCUGACGUUAUUAUGCUCGCAGCUUCUUAGAGAAAGACAGUUGGACAGCUUCCCCUUCUCUCUCCUCUGACCUGUCUUUUCAUUCCUCAUCAAUGGUGGCUUCUACUUGGUUGAUUUCUACUGUUUUGACAGUUCAGGUAAUGAGCUGUUGUUCUCUAGGAGGCGGCAAAAAUAAGUCUGAGUAUCGCGUAUGGCUUUUAUUCAUCCAGGAAGGCCUGGUUCUCUUCCCCUUGACAAAGUCAAGAAUUGCCUGUGCUAACUUAACCAGAUUCUUUUCAGAUUUACUUUCAGUGACUUACUUUUCCAGGAGAGUUUCAGCUUUAUCAUAUGGGGAGCAAGCCAAUCAUUGCUAUGAAUUUGACAGCCAGUUGUUCUAAAUCUGGGCACAUGCUUUUCUAGAAGGCUGCUUAUUAUCUCUCUGCCUGGGGUCUUUUUUUCCUGGCCAUCAGAUCAUGCUGGGAUGUUUGCAAAGAUACGUGUGUGAGAAGUGCCGGGGGGUGUCAUGGCUCCUGGGGCAGUGCUCAUGGUGGAUAGAUUUGGUAUAAAAAUAUUGUACUGUUUUUCCAUAAUGAAGUACCACAAAUUGGUGGCUUAAAACAACAGAAAUUUACUCUCUCACAGUUCUGGAGGCCAGAAAUCCAAAAUCAAGGUGUUGGUAGGGCUAUGCUCCCUCUAAGCCUGUAGAGGAAGACCUUCCUUGCCUCUUCCAGCUUCUGGUGGCCCCAGGCAUUCCUCAGCUUGUGGCAGCAUAAUCCCAAUCUCUGCCUCCAUCUCCGCAUGGCCAUCCUUUUCCUGUGAGUCUCUGUCUGUUCACAUGAUGUUCUUUUUAUAAGGACACCAGUCAUACUGGAUUAAGGGCCCACCCAGUCCAGUACGACCUCAUCUUAACUAAUUAACCUGCAUCGAUCAAUCCCAUUCCCCAAUAAGUCCCAUUGCUGCUGUACUAGGGGUUGGAACUUCAGCAUAUCUUUUUCUGAGGGCAAAAUUCAACCCAUUACAGGACAGGCCAGCUCCCACACCCCUCAGGUAGAAUAACUCUGAGCCACAUACGCUGUGUCUCCCAGAACUCCCCAGAGCAUUGAGCAUGACCAGGUGACAUGCUUGGUAAUGCACCUUUUAUAGGCUGUCUUUAACUCCCUGUCCCACUUUCUACUGGUGACUCUACUGGUGUUUCCAGGGACCACCUCUCAAAUAAACUGCUUGUCCUUAACAUCUUAUUUUGGGGUUGGCUUCUGGGGGACCCCAACCUAAGAAACCAUUCAAAGCCAGGCUGAAUAUGGCAAAUAAUACAACUACAGUUGUAAUAGAUCACAGUUGUAACCCCUUGUGUUACUACAUCUUGAUGCAAGAAACUACAAAAUGCUCAACACGUUGCAGGACACAACAUAAUGUGUCUCUCCUUUUUCUCUGUUGCAGUCCAGUAACAAAAAACAAAUCAUUUCCUAAAUAAAGAGAAUUCAAGGGGCCCAAGAUGAAUAGGGGUUUACUUACUGGAUGAAAGGCAAGACGCUGCAGUGCACCAAAUGCCAGCCUGGCAAGUCUCUCUCUCUCUCACACA